CGUUACCGCCGCCGCCUCCUCCCGGUCUCCGGUCACCUCGUGGGAGAGCACCGUCAGCCCCGCCCACUCCCCAGCUCUAUACUGCUGCUGCUGCACGGUCCAGCCUCCCUGCUCCGUAAACACAGCGAUGAUUGGCUCAGCGGUUCAUGACGGAUCCCCCCAUAAGAUGAUAGUUCAACUCAAACGGAUCCUGACAGGGAAGAUGGCAGCGCGGAGCUGAAGAAAGGAGGUCCAUUGUAAAGAGGAUUUGCAAGAUACAUGAUGACAAGGUGGGAGACUGUCUUUACCCAAAAUCGGGUUAUACCGCCGCACAUACAGAGAUGGAAGCACAGCUCGGGGGACACGGUCGGCUUUCAGAUUUUCCUUGGUGCCCUGGAGGGGAUCCCCAGCAGACAGGGCACCUUGGAAGCACAAUAUCAGCUCCGACUUUCGCUCUUCGAUAUCACCUACCACCAUUUCUUCGGUAGAACUUGGAAAAGUUUGAUAAAACCAAUAAAAACAGUCACAGGCCAAACAUCCAAAGUUUUCUUCAAUGAGACCGUAUAUUUCCAUACGUCGCUGAAUGAUAUUGGAAUUGUCGCUGUGAUUGAAAUCGUAUCUAUAACCAGAAGACGAGAUGGGAUGAAGCAGGAAUCGUCGUGCGGCUUUGGGUUGAUGCGUUUGCUUACUGGGCAACCAGACGAGGAAGCAGCGAAUCAGCAGAAAAGGUUGACCCUUUACCAUGGAUCCCCGCGGGCGCUGUUACAUCCGGCUUUUAAAGACUUGGCAGAGCUGAACAGACACAUGACGCUGAUUGAGAAGAGCCACAUCCAGUACAGUCUGAGGACGCACAACGCACUGAAAGACGUAUCUCAUCUGCUCCCUCUGGACGUUCUCGUGUCAGGAUCAGAAAGAAUUCCUGGUGCCAUACAAGGGAGGGAUGAGACAGCUGACGCCUUAAAGAAGCCUCGUCUGCAGAGGACAAUAACCUGUCACCUGGAUAAACUGUACUUACUGCUCUAUCCCUCCUUGGAGAAGUUUGAAGAAGAGUUAAUAUCCCUGAUCAGUACCGAUCGUCUCCCUAAGGGUCACCCAAUGGAUGGGACGGCUGUAGUGAUCCAAGAGCGGAGGCUGCACAUCGGUGUCCAUAAUGGCUGGGGGUUUGUGCAGCAGCCACAAGUUGUAGUUGUUCUCCCAGAAGCGAGGAUGAUGAGGACACAAUCCAAUCUGAGCCUGAAGAAGAAGCAGAGCAACAGCCAAAGCUCCUCCGCUCAAGCCCUGGUAUUAAGGAGCCGCAUCCGUCUUCCGGAGAUGGUCAGUGACCCGGGAUUUGCCAUAGUCUUUCAGCUGGAAUAUGUCUUCUGCUUAGCGAGUGGAGUCAGCAGCACCAAGGUGCCGUCUGCGACCAUGCUGUCUAAUGCGUCCUAUAUGCGUAUGAUACGAUGGGCGUCCUGGAACCCGCUCCUUAACCCGGGAUCUUCAGAAGUGACCUUACCCCUACAAGGAGGACCUCACCCUAAUCCCGGCAACAGCCUUGUAUAUAAAAUACCACCAAGUAGCAUGAGCUCAGAUGAGGUGCAGCAGGUGGAGGCCGGUUCCUUGUAUUUUAGCUUUAAUAUUCGCCCAGAACAUCACAUGGGGAAUAUGGCGGAAUCUGUGGAGAGUUUACCUGAGGAGCUGCGCCAGUCCAAGAGGAAAGUCCCCGCGGUGCAUGCAAAGGCACCGGCCACAAGUUCAGCGCCUCUACAAGAUACUGAGCUGGGACCUGCGCUGUCAAUGUCCCAGCUGACCACGUCCUCGCGUUAUCCUACUAUAAGCCACUCAUCUAGGAUAUCCGCACAGCAUGUCCCCGGCCAGCUCAUGCCUUCUCCCAUGGCCUAUCAGAUGUCUCAUGCGGAAAUCCCUUACGCCAGUGGAAUAACGCACCUUGAAGCAGAUCUGAGUAGAAGUAACCAGGAGCCGCCAAAUGCCGACCAUCUCCAAGAACUUGUCUUCUCUCCUGUCCAUGCCCCUGUUGUUGCAAUGGGAACUCAGUCUGGAAGCACCACCUCCAUCCUGUCCCGAGCCGCCCUGGCGCGUCUUCACUCUGCCGGAUUCCCGGAGAUCUAUGACUGCAAUAACGAAGUGGCGGAAGUGGUCGAUCCGUCGAGUCCGGUGAACUUUAACCCCCAGAGGGAAGAAGCGGAUUAUCUGCAAUGCAAUGAAAUAUUCCUGCAGUUCCUGGCCUUCAGCAGUGUCCAAGAAGAUUUCCCAAGUGUUUGGCCCCAAACCAUUUACUUCACCUUCCAGUUUUACCGCUUCCAUCCGGUGACCACCCCGCGCCUGCAGCUUGUACAGACGGAUUCUACUACUAAGUCACGUUCUGAUACUCCGGCGCGGAUCUUAGUUCAGAUCAACAAAGACGAAUCAUUAAACCCAGGGUCACCUGGGUAUCAGCUGAAGUACACGGUAGAUCCUGGGUUCCUUAAGCCUGGAGAACAAAGAUGGUUUCUACGUUAUUUGGCUCUUCAGACCCUUCAGAUUGACAUUUGGGAUGGGGAGUCCCUGCUUCUCAUUGGAUCCGCUGCUGUAGAGAUGAAGCAUUUACUGCGUCAAGGUCGCACGGCGGUGCAGGUAUCUCACGAGCUGGAAGUCAUCACUACGGAGUACGAGCAGGAGACCAUGGCCAUGAGCGGAGACGUCUCCAAACACGGAGUCAUCAAACCCAUCGGAGUCCACACUGUAAUACGAGGACGCCUGCACCUGCGCAUGGGGAACGUGGGACGGGUCUGUGACCAGAGACUGAGGAGAUCGGACACCCUCCCCGCUCCCCGAUCCCGUGUUAUCACCGCACACGACGGGCGAAGCAGCUUUCAUGGCGGGAGUUUGUUCUCAGGUCGGACUGGGGGAAGGAAAAAUAUCUCCCAGGCACAGAAGUUGGCCGACCUAGACAGCGAGUUGGCAGCCAUGCUGUACAGCCGAAUGAAAGAGGUGAGCGUCGCGUACCAGCAAGCAAACAGCGAGACGGAUGCCGCUCAGAGGCGGAAAAUGGAGAGAAUGAUGGCAGUCAGACAGCUGGAGUCACAGGAGGACCCGAAAAUGAGAAAAUCGCUCCUACCUUCUCAACACGAGCAGCGCACUCAGCACACCAGAGAUUUGCAGAUCAUUGAAGCGUACCGGGAGCGCACCAAAGCCGAGUGUAUCUCCAGUAUGCUGAAUCAGGCUAUUACCUCAAAUUAUACUGUCUAUGCUACGCUGGGCACCGCAGAAUUCUUCGAAUUUCAACUUAAAAACCCUUCUAACAUCCAGUACACGGUAUCUAUUGAGAUUGAUCAUCCCGACCUCAGGGUGAUCGUGGAUACUCAGGAAUGGAGACAUUUUAAGGACCUGACGAACACGACGACCCCUAUAGAGGAGAACAUGUUCCAUGUCCAGCAGCAGAGCGAUUCCCCUCAGCUCUACCUCCGACCCAAGGAGACGGUUCAUAUCCCAUUCAGAUACCAAACCUUCGUCCUGGAUCCUGCCUCCUUGUUGCAGAGUCCGGAUGCCACCAAUUUAGCGAACAGCUCAAACGCUUUGUCCCAGUACAAGCCGAACACCAUGUCUUCCAAACGGAUUAAGGUUUCUUUUAUGGCGUCAGACGGAAGACCCAUCGCCAUCCUCAAGGUGAGCGUAGAACCCCAGCCGCACGUUGUUGACCAAACGUUCCGGUUCUAUCACCCGGAGCUGACAUUCCUGAAGAAGUCCAUCCGGUUACCACCAUGGUACACGCUUCCAGGUGCCCCUGUUGGAAUGCCCGGAGGGGAACCAGAGCUCUAUGUGCGAUGCAGUGACCCCAAUGUGAUCUGUGAUACCCAAAAAUUUGGACUCGGAGAACCCCAGGAUGUGUUCCUCAAAGUCGCUGGAGGACCCAGUCCACACAUUAAGAGGUUCUUUGUUGCACUGUAUACCGAUCGUUGGUUGGCUGCACCUAUUCAGAUCUGGCAGAUCUACGUCCAUUCCCUGAAGAGAGUGGAUGUCAGCUGUAUAACUGGUCAACUGACCCAAAUGUCUUUGGUUCUAAGAGGAACCCAGGCGGUGCGGAAAGUGAGGGCGUAUAGUUCCCAUGCACAGGAACUGAAGGUUGACCCAGAGAGCGUGUUCGUUCUCCCUCCAAAUGGUAUCCAAGAUCUGCAUAUCGCGGUGCGCCCCCUAAAGGCUGGAAGCAGAUUUAUCUAUCUCAAUUUGGUUGACGUUGAUCAGCAUCAGCUCGUAGCAUCCUGGCUGGUUUGUGUAUUAAGCCGGAACCCGAUCAUUUCCAAGGCCUUUGAAAUAACCAUGUCCACCGGAGAGAAGGGCUGCAACAAGAGGAUCACGUACACCAACCCGUAUCCCAGCAGGAAGAGGUACUCGCUCCACACCAACAGGGCCGACCUGCUGCAGUUCAAGGAGGACACCUUUGAGGUUGCCGCAGGUGAAACGUACACAAUUGGUUUGCGCUUUGCCCCCGGUGAGAGCAGCGGACAGGAAGAGAUUCUUAUAUUUAUCAAUGACCACGAGGACAAAAACGAAGAGACGUUCUGUGUGAAGGUCAACUAUGAGCAGUCCGCCAAAAGAAAGGGACCGUGAAGGUGCAGAGUUAAAGGGUAACUCCGGGGACCUCUUAUACUUCCACCAAUGAUGAUGCCCAUUUAUCCCACAGAAUUCUGUGCCAGGCGUAACUACCUGAUUGACAUUGUGAUCACAGAUCCCUGUAUAGGACAUAACUCGCUAUGUUGGUGCCUUGUUACAUUGUGCGCUGACACUUACCCGCCAGGGAGUGUUAUUGACUAUACAGACUCCUGGGGGCCUGUAAGAUGGUGUUGGCGAUGAGGCUUAUUACAUCUUCGAAGGCUGUAACUUGCCAAAAAAGUAGUUUCCACUUUAAAGGGGGGU